CAAAUAAUUUAUCGAAGAGGUGAUUACUGGCCUGUGGUCCGAAUUUAUAUUACAUUCAGAGAAACUAAAGAAGUAAGCCUUAAUGAGAGAAGAAUUGCAAGCCGAUAAGAAAACAUGCGUGUUUUUUAAAAAACGUUCAAGGAAACAAAUGAAAAAGUCCAAGUCAAGCGACUCUUCAGAAGGCGAAGAAGAAAAGUCUUAUGUGUCUAAAAAAGAAAAAAAGAAAGCGCUUGGCAUCUCCGCCGGUAUUAUAAAAGACCUGCGUACUAAUAACGAGGAAUUCCAGCAAACUUUUACAAUUAAGUCGGAGCGCACUGCUGUGCCAGCCGGGCCUCAAGAUCAAGGAGCCACCAGUUCCUUAACAAUUGAUCCAACUAAAGAAGAAAUCCAACGAAAAAACGAAAAAAAAAUUGUUUCAAGUGCAAUAAAGCCCGGGCCAAUGGCAGGAAGCACCAAUAUUCGCGCCACUAUACGCUGGGAUUACGCCCCGGACGUCUGCAAGGAUUAUAAAGAAACUGGCUACUGCGGCUUCGGAGGUAAUAUUUUUUAUGUACUUAUUUCGUUCAUGUUAGGCUUUUUUUUUGUAGACACCUGCAAGUUUAUGCACGAUCGCGGGGACUAUAAAAUGGGGUGGCAGUUAGACAAAGAAUACGAUAGAGGAACUUACGGAAAACAAACCGUCGAAGAGCCUUCUAGCGAGGAAGCCGAAGAGGCAGAACUCCCGUUCGCUUGCUUUAUAUGCAGGAAGCCCUUUAUAGAUCCCGUGGUUACGCGAUGCAGUCACUAUUUCUGUGCCAAGUGCGCUUUAGAGCAUUAUCAAAAAAGUAGAAAAUGCUAUGUAUGCCAUGCAGCGACCAGCGGGAUUUUUAACACAGCUAAAAAUAUAGCAAAGAAGCAAGAACGGCAAGUGGAAAUCGCAAGAAAUCUUUAGUUAGUGUUUUUGGCGUCUUAGUGGCUACCUGCGCAUAUAAAAAUAAAUAGGCUCUUUAGAGGAAUCUCUGGAGUUGCUUUUGAAGAA